GAGGCACAGCUAGGCAGGUCUCUGCCGCAGCCAAGGGUGAUCACCGUCAUGCGGGAGGUGCUGAAGAAGAUGAAGGCCGAGAAUAGGGAGACACAGCCCAACAGAAAGGGCAGCGCCAACACAAGCACCAGUGCGACUGGCGAUAACUACACUGUCGCCUCACAACAACAACAACAACACCACCACCAUCGACACCAACAGCACCCACAGCAACAGCAGCAGGCCCCGUCGGACAUGGACAUGCACAGCAGCACGACCAGCUCGCCACCGAUGGUCACCGGCCCUCCUGGAUCCAGCGGGAUGGACCCGAUGGCGGGCGCGCUGUUUGGCCCAGGCUUCAACAGUAUGGGCCAACAGAUGUUCGGCUCGUCCAUGAUGUCAGACGUGGAUCUCAGCGUCAUGGAUUGGAACGGUAUGCCUCCGUGGACCGGCGGGUUUAUGGCGCCUGGCGGAUACGACUUCCCGCCACAGCACAUGACGGGUUAUCCGGGACAGGGCCCCCGCUGAACAAGCUCGAAGUACGUAAUGAGGACGGCGACCGUAGGACAAGCACGACAGCAGCAAGCAUAUGGGAGGGCUUUUUCAAACCAGGCAAUUUGGAUGUAAUACUUGUUAACGCGGCGAGGACGUUCGUUGCCGUAUCGGCAUGCCAAAUUAUAGCUCACGCAGACGAAACGACAUAUCAUUGCUCCUCUUCAUCCCAAUGGCGAGAAGGGAUCUCCCACCUCGAAUUGAGGCAGGCCUUCUAGUCAGUGACUAACAGAUGGACCUUAUCCACCAUCAGUCACCUCACACCAGCCAGCCAGCCAACCUUUGUAGCCCGCGAAAUUUAGCUUCGUGUACUGGGCAAGAACAAGCCAGACGAGGAAGAAGAAUACUCAACAGUUAACUUGGAUAUCGUUCCAUGAGACCCAAAAGAGGAGCCGCUCAGUCCAUUCCAUGCGUGUUGUGGUGGAGAAGGACGAGCCAGGAAUGCUAUAAGUGAAAAUCCAGUGUCGUCUGAGUGAUUACUCACUUCAAAUAAAGAAAAGGGUCGGGCCGCGGGCGCAGGGAUGAAUGAGGAUCCUCAAGGCUGUGGACGGUCGUUGUCGAUCGCGGUAGGUUGAUAGUAGGGGUUUUAAGUUAGAAAUCAGGGUGAAUGACACAAUCUUGGGAUCUAGUUUGUAAUAUACUCUCUGUCUUGGCUGGAAAGUGAACUCUUCGAGGGAUCAUUGAAGGGGGAGGGGGUCGGUUGGUGGGCUUUCUCUUGACUCAUGAGUGGGUGAGUACCUUAAUGGAUGUUAUCGAGUGCAAACGGGCUCGGCAUGGAUAUGAGUUGAAGCCAGCUGGUGGUGCAAGGUGCUGUGGACCCCACGUAAUGAGGAAGUUGAAAGAUCCACAGCGUGGAUGUAAACAUUGAAGGCUAAGAUUGCUAUUACAAG